UUUUGUCAGCAUCUCUAAGGGUCCCACAGUUUUGCCUCCUCCUAGUGGCUCCUGUGAUCUAUUGGUUUUCUGCUCGACUUCCUCUUUUAAGUGUCACACACUACUGGCAGAGUUUCAGACUUCUUGCCAGACUACAAAGCAGCUCACUCUCAUAGGGUUUCCUGAGGGGGAUCAGAUGAAUCAUGGCCUCCUUUAUUCCACAUGCACUGUUGUUAGUCAGAUAAAAGCAGCAGUCACAAAUUCACAACUUGACUUCCUAAAUUCCGCACUGUGGAUCUCUUCAGUGUGAAUGGAAGCAUGAGGAAACCUCUUCAUUGUAAAAACACGUCUCUGUGGGUUUGGGGAUGACCCUGUACUGUAUUUUUAUGGGGUGUCAUAUAGAUUUCCUAUGUCUAGAACUUCAUUAGUAAACAUAGCCUAAACUACAUUUUGUGCUUUGAAGCAAGUUUGAGAAUUAAUGUCGCAUGAGCACAAGCUUAUGUUUUUGUUUGUUUAUUAUUGGACUGUUUGGUAUUUUAAUGCUGUUUGUUGUCAGUAUAUCAACCAGCUGAACCAAAUGAAUGCAUCAAUGCAUUAUUGGCUGCCCUUAAAAGUGUUUCAAAUGAAACACAUGGCUAUAAAUAUGGUGUCAUGUGAUAUGCAUUUCUGUCAUUACCUUCCAAACAACUUAAGGCUUGUCGAGUUUUUUACAUAAUGAAGUUGAAAUACAAAUGUGCAGGCAAUCUUAUUUUUAAUAGCACACUAUCAGUGUUGCCUAUUCAACACGGAUAACUCCGUAUGAUAAAUCAAUAUCUUAAAGGAAAAGUCGCUAAAUAUUCACACAUUUUCUGUUGUCAGACAACGGAACGAAUGUGAAAAAUUGAUUGAACGCCACCGUUAAACGUACUGAAGGUAGCUGACUUCCAGAGGUCGCUGGGUGCUUUUUGAUGAUAAAAAAUAGUCGGGGUCUGAAAAGUCGUUAAAUCUAGCGGACAACUCUGGUGUUUAUGCACACUGCCGCGCGCUAGUUAACAUUCUAUCCCGUGCAGCGCGCGCUGCGGCGCCUGCGCGCUCUUUUCACUCCGUCUCAAUCCUUUGAGCGAGCUGAAGGGAGACAGAGCAGCUCUCUGUUCGCUGUUACUGAGAUGGAUGGAGAAGAGCGGAGAAGAUCAGAUGCUCAGAGGAGCAUCAUGACAGAUAGCAACAUUACAGGAGACUUGCGCAUCCCUGAGCGCGUGACACUCAAGAAAGAGAUCGGACUGCUGAGCGCGUGCACAAUCAUCAUCGGUAACAUUAUUGGCUCAGGAAUCUUCAUCUCUCCUAAGGGGGUUCUGGAGCAUUCGGGUUCUGUUGGAUUGGCAUUGGUGGUGUGGAUGUUAGGAGGGGGUGUAGCGGCUCUGGGUUCCCUCUGCUACGCUGAACUAGGGGUCACCAUCCCUAAAUCUGGUGGAGACUAUUCCUAUGUCACAGAGAUUUUUGGUGGUCUUGUUGGGUUUCUGCUGUUAUGGAGUGCAGUACUGAUCAUGUAUCCCACCACACUGGCAGUCAUAGCUCUCACUUUCUCCAACUACGUGCUGCAGCCCGUUUUCCCAUACUGUGUUCCUCCAUACAUGGCUACACGCAUGCUCUCCGCCAUCUGCAUAUUGUUUUUGACCUGGGUGAACUGCUACAGCGUGCGUUUGGCCACUCGCAUCCAGGAUGUGUUUACUGUUGGAAAGCUUCUGGCUCUCGGUCUCAUCAUUACUGUUGGUCUGAUGCAGAUCUAUGGAGGCAAUUAUGAGAGCCUGACUCCACAGGUAGCGUUCAGGUUUGAUAAACCGCCGUCUAUAGGACAGAUCGCUCUGGCUUUUCUACACGCCUCCUUUGCCUUCAGUGGCUGGAACUUUCUUAACUAUGUUACAGAAGAACUGGUGGAUCCAAGAAGGAAUCUGCCACGAGCCAUAUACAUCUCCAUCCCACUGGUGACCAUUGUGUACACUCUCACAAAUAUUGCAUACUUCUCAUCUAUGUCUCCCGAUGAGCUCCUUUCCUCCAAUGCAGUGGCUGUUACUUUCGGUGAGAAACUUCUUGGGGUGUUUUCUACUCUCAUGCCAAUCUCUGUGGCACUCUCAACUUUUGGGGGCAUCAAUGGUUACCUCUUCACCUCCUCCAGGUUAUGUUUUUCUGGAGCGAGGGAAGGACAUUUACCCAGUCUUCUGGCUAUGAUCCACUUUAAGCACUGCACACCGAUCCCUGCUCUUCUAGUCUGUUGCACCGCCACAAUCGUGAUCUUGUGCAUUGGAGAAACGCACAACCUUAUAAACUAUGUGUCUUUCAUCAACUACCUCUCUUAUGGAGUCACUAUUGCUGCCCUACUCUUCUACAGAUGGAAGAAGCCAAACCUAUACAGGCCCAUCAAGGUAUUAUUUGAUGCUUUGGCCAGCUAG